AUGAAGACUGAAGACGUUCUUCCCAUCUCGUCCGCGUUGGCCCUUGCAGCAGUAGCCCGUUCUACACUGCGAAUGAACAUCAUAGUCACCGGCCUUACGUUUGGAGUCGUCCAUGUGCUUGUCAGCUCAAUCGUUCGAAGUCGGAAGGCACGAUCCCUCGCUCCCGGUCCAACGCUCUGGCCUGUCCUCGGAAAUGUUCUCCAGUUACCCAUGGAGAACCCCUGGGAGACUUAUUCCAAGUGGGCUGAUAUCUAUGGUGAUAUCAUACAUGUUGAAGUGCUUGGACAGCCUAUUAUACUCUUGAGCUCAGCCGAAGUUGCCAAGGAUCUGUUGGAUAAGCGAUCCUCCAUAUACUCGAACCGCCCUCACAUGGCAAGUUAUGGCGUGCGAUCUGUAAGUAUUCCGGCCCGUCCUCAUGAACUCCUCAUACGUACCUCUGUUGCCAGUGUAGGAUUCAGUCAAGGAUUCGUACUCCAGCCAUAUGGUGAAGAGUGGAGGAGACAGCGCAAAAUCGCGAAUCAAGAUUAUAACCAAGCGACCGUUCCGCGGUACUACAACCUGCAGGAAGCACAGGCGCGCAAGCUCGUAGAGAGCGUAAUGAACGACUCUAGCUCUCUAGUCGACGAGAUAAAAAUGAGGAUUGCAUCAAUCAUUAUUGAUGCCAAUUUUGGCUACGAAGUAAAGUCGAAAAACGACCCAUUCUACACAUUACCCCUUUUGGCAAUGGAGAAGUUUGGUCAAGCCUCUGUACCUGGCGCAUUUUUAGUCGAUUUCAUCCCCCAACUCCGAUAUCUCCCUGAAUGGAUGCCGGGUACCGGAUUUCUCAAAACGGCCAAGGAAUGGCGUAAGAUCAUGACGGAUGCAUCAUGGACACCCUACCUUUGGGCGAAAGAAAAUGUGCCAAAAGGUGCGGCGCAUACGCCAAACAUGUGCGCGACUGCGCUCUCCCGAGCAGGCGGCCAGCUUUCAAAGGAAGAAGAAUUUUCUCUCGUUUGGGCAGGUUCCGCUAUGCUUGGUGGUGGACUUGAUACCAAUAUGUCUACUGUGUUAUCAUUCAUAGUUGCGAUGUUGCGGUACCCGGAGAUACAAGCUAAAGCCCAGGCAGAACUAGACUCUGUCAUUGGCACCACCCGGCUGCCAUCGAUAACAGACAGGCAAUCGUUGCCCUAUAUCCGCAGUCUCAUUACGGAAGUUCACCGCUGGGCACCCGUAAUCCCUCUUUGCCUUCCGCAUGCGCUGACCGAGGACGACGUGUACAAUGGCAUCCACCUUCCGAAGGGUUCCUUGGUUAUGCCAAAUGUAUGGCAUAUGUUACAUGAUGCCCGUGUAUACGAGCACCCGGAAAAGUUCAUACCAGAGCGGUACAACAGCUCGGACGUGGAAAUGCAGAAGGUCACAGACCUCGUGUUUGGUUUCGGGCGGCGGGCGUGUCCCGGCAUGUACUUUGCGCAAGGCUCUAUCUUCGCCAUUGUCACAACAAUGCUAGCGACAUGUGAGAUCGUGCCAAUUAAAGAUUCCCAGGGCAAACCUGUAAUUCCGGAAGUAGCGUACACGUCCGGAACUAUAUGCUUUCCGAAGGACGUCAAGGCGUCCUUCAAACCACGCUCACCACAGGCGAAGGUGCUUCUAGCGCAGAGUUCUUCAGCUCAUUAG